AUGUCUCUGAAAAAUCGAGCAAAAAUCGACCACGUCAAUUUGAAAAGCUUAUAUUAUAAUAACUUACAACUACUUACAGUUUGACAGCCAACAAUGAAGUUAUCAAUCGUAGCUGUGUUGUUUCAAUUGUUGAACUUGGUACUUGGGUACUCAAUUUCAAGUGGUUCAGUUUCAAUUGGUCAACAAUCAGUUGCCUUUGGUGAAGUUACUACUCAAGAAAUUAAACAAUUAACUGUUGACAGUGGAAAGGAUAAAAUCGUGGUUAAGUUAGGAUUGAGUGAAAAAUUAAAGAAAGCUCCUCAACAAGUGUUUGUUGAAUUAGUUAGUGCUAAGAAUGAUGCUUUAGCUACUCAUUUCGUUCCAACUUUCACUGAUGAUAAGCAAUUUUUUAUAACUAUUCCAGUUGGUAAACUUCCUGAAGUAUUAAAAGCUCAAGAUAAAUUAUUAUUAAAUAUCAUUAUUGCUGAUGGUUCAAAGAAAUUAUAUAAGAAAUUAGUUGAAAUCAUUCCAACUUAUGAUUUUAAAUCGGGUAUUAAUUAUCAACCACAACCAAAGAUUGGAUAUCAACCUGAAAUUCAUCAUAUUUUCAGAGAAGAUCCAAAAACUGUGGGUGAAGGUAUCCCAGUUUUCUUUACUGCUAUGGCUCUUGUCCUUUUCACUGGCUUGCUUGUGUUGUGGAAUGGUUUUAUUGGUAAGGAUUUAUUUGGAACUUUAAAGAAAACUGCUCCAGGUCAAUUAAUCUUCAAUAUUGCAUUUUUAUUAAGUAUAUUAGGAUUUGAAUAUAAUUUUGCUCAAUAUUAUUUAGGUCAAUCUAUCUUCACUACUUUAUAUGCUGGUUUCUUCCUUGGUUUAUCAAGUAUUUACUUUGGUGCUCGUGUUUUAAGACACUUGGCUCAUGAAAGACGUAUUGGAAGAUCAUAAAUAAUAAAAUUAAUGAAAAAUAUUAGCAUGUAAUGUUAUAUUAUUAUUAUAUUAU